AUGACGACUUUUCAUUUAGAAGCGCCGAUUCGGCGUAUCGAUCCACCUCAACGAGCGGCAACCGAUAUCACCAUACGAACUCGAUACAUGAUCAUGCUUCUUGAAUACGAUCGAGGAAUACCAUUCAGCCACACAUGCAUGGCGGCCGUCUCUCAGUGGACAUUGCUGGCCGGUUACCUCGUCGUUCCGGGCACGUUCACCUCCCUUCAGCGGUUAAACGAGUUCAGCGGGGCAUCAGCUACCGUCGUUCGGGCAAUUCAGAACCCUCCAUUGCUCGCAAUCGCCUGCAUAUGUUUCUUCGCCGGUGCCUCUGCAAUGUCAUGGCUCGCGUGGAGAUGGAGAUUCAACGAUAUCUGGCUUUCCCACCUCUUCCGGCCCACGCUUCUCAAUGCACUGGCCGGUUUGCUGACUACGUUGGUCAACAUCUACUCGGCGCAAGAUGGUGACUGGUCCAUCAUGGCACUCUUGACCGUUAUCCUCACUGCUACGGUGAUGGUUGUGUCGGGAACCUUGACCGCAUAUUUUUACUUUUUUAAGCUAGCCGAGAUAAAAAAGGAGCAUGAGGCAGACAUGAUUCUGGAGUCUCGCCUACGGUGGCGAAGGGAGUUGGAGUUACAGUCGUGA